CCUUGCACCCACGUUCGGCGGACACGAACCGCAUACGCCGCCCCCCGCGCCGCCACGAGCCGAGUGAUGCACACAACUCCCGGCGAAUCAGUGCAGCGCGCGCGCGACCCGGAGCGAAUCGUCGCCGGUCGUCCUUCAGUACCCUGUCAGCGCGCGCGACUCUUCCACGCGGUCCCGCCGGCGUUGGCUCGCCUCGAUCGCUCGCUCUGUACAUGCCGCUUGACGCGGGGGUGGAGCAGGUGGUGGUGCCCAGGUGGAGAACGUGACCGGAAUAUGCUACGCCGUCUUCUGGACAUCCUGUACGGUACUUGCUCCGCAAUUCAUAUCGUAUAGUCCCGCGUGUCUACGCACAUCCCGUUUCUCUCUCUGUCUCUCUUUUCCUUGAAACAAGCCGCCACGGUAGCCACGGUGUGGGCGCUCUUUCUUCUUCUUCUUCUUCUUCUUCUUGGCCUUCUUUUCCUUCUCCGCUUUCACCCCUCGACGCGAAGGGAGCGAUUUCCCAGCCGCGCCGCCCACCUGGCCAGGAGCUCCACGUCUCCGCGCGAGUACCCCCCUGGUAACGCCGAGGGCGCGUCGGAGCGAACGUCCUUCGGCACGGCGGGAUCCAGCGAGGAGAGUCCAGCGCUCCGCGGCGUCGAUUCCCCGAGGUAUUCCGCUCGCGCGACCGAGAUGUCGGAGACGACGCCGGUGAGCUUCGUCGUCGGGGAGCCCGAGCACGAGCCCGACCCGAAUUGCGAUACCGAUCCUAGCGAGGUGCAGGAGAACGAGGAUAGCUUCCCGGCCGACAGGAGCGUUCGCGGCAAGUUGCCGGCGCAGAGCAAUGCCGCGACGGGACUGGUCGAGCGCCGCAGGCGGCUCAGACCCAGCAUGUCGCAGGGCACGGUGAUGAUCCAGAUGCAAAGUCGGCUCCAUGAGAAGGACUUCACCGUUGCGACUCCCGAAGAGUUUGUCCGUCGCUUCGGAGGCACUAAAGUUAUCAACAAGGUGCUGAUCGCCAACAAUGGUAUCGCGGCAGUUAAAUGCAUGCGGUCGGUUCGACGCUGGUCGUACGAGAUGUUCAAAAACGAGAGAGCCGUGCGCUUCGUGGUGAUGGUCACGCCAGAAGAUUUGAAGGCGAAUGCGGAAUACAUUAAAAUGGCAGACCAGUACGUGCCUGUGCCGGGCGGGUCCAACAACAACAAUUACGCCAAUGUGGAGCUGAUCAUCGACAUCGCGAUACGUACCCAAGUCCACGCGGUUUGGGCCGGAUGGGGCCACGCUUCGGAAAACCCUAAGCUUCCGGAGCUGCUCCACAAAAAUAACAUCUGCUUCAUUGGACCGUCCGAGAAAGCCAUGUGGGCUUUAGGUGACAAGAUCGCAUCCAGCAUAGUCGCUCAAACCGCGGACGUGCCGACGCUGCCCUGGUCGGGGUCGGAGUUGACGGCGCAAUACAGCGGGAAGAAAAUCAAGAUAUCGUCGGAACUUUUUAAAAAGGGAUGCGUCGCCACCGUGGAGGAGUGUCUGGCAGCGGCCAACAAGAUCGGCUUCCCGGUUAUGGUAAAGGCAAGCGAAGGUGGUGGUGGUAAAGGAAUCAGGAAGGUUGAAAACGCCGAGGAAUUACCCGCUUUGUUUAGGCAAGUUCAGAUCGAAAUACCCGGUUCGCCGAUAUUCAUUAUGAAACUGGCCAAAUGCGCUCGCCACCUGGAGGUACAAUUACUGGCCGACAAUUACGGUAACGCGAUAUCGUUGUUCGGGCGCGACUGCUCUAUUCAGAGGAGACAUCAGAAGAUCAUCGAGGAGGCACCUGCCGUGAUCGCCCAGCCAGAGAUUUUCGAAGAGAUGGAAAAAGCCGCUGUGAGAUUAGCAAAAAUGGUGGGAUACGUUAGCGCGGGUACCGUCGAGUAUCUGUACGACACAUCGGGCCGGUAUUAUUUCUUGGAGCUGAAUCCACGUCUUCAAGUGGAACAUCCUUGUACCGAGAUGGUAUCGGAUGUGAACCUACCGGCCGCCCAACUGCAGAUAGCCAUGGGUUUACCGUUGCAUCACAUCAAAGAUAUACGCCUUUUGUAUGGUGAAAGCCCCUGGGGGAACAAUCCCAUCGAUUUCGACCAGCCGCGUCAUAAAGCUCAACCGUGGGGCCACGUUAUCGCGGCUAGAAUCACCAGUGAAAAUCCUGACGAAGGCUUCAAGCCGAGUUCCGGCACGGUGCAGGAGUUGAAUUUCCGAUCGUCCAAGAACGUGUGGGGCUACUUCUCGGUUGGAGCGUCGGGAGGACUCCACGAGUUCGCGGAUUCUCAAUUUGGCCAUUGCUUCUCUUGGGGCGAGGAUCGUAAUCAAGCUAGAGAGAAUUUAGUCGUAGCUCUAAAAGAAUUGAGCAUCAGAGGCGAUUUUAGGACAACGGUCGAGUACCUUAUCACCUUGCUGGAGACCGAAUCCUUUCAGCAGAACAAUAUAGAUACCGCUUGGCUCGAUUUGCUGAUCUCCGAACGUGUGCGAAGCGACAAACCAGACGUCUUGUUAGCCGUCACCUGUGGAGCGCUUCAUAUUGCCGAUAGAGCGAUUACGGCUGCUUUUACUGGCUUUCAAACCGCCUUGGAAAAAGGCCAGGUUCAGGCCAGCAACGACUUGGAUAACGUCGUUGACGUGGAGCUUAUUAACGACGGAUACAAAUAUAAAGUACGGGCUGCCAUGUGCGGUCCCAAUACCUAUUUCCUCGUGAUGAACGGUUCUUUCAAAGAGAUCGAAAUCCAUCGCAUGUCGGACGGAGGAUUGCUGCUUUCGCUGGACGGUGCCAGUUUCACGACUUACAUGCGCGAAGAGGUGGAUCGUUAUAGAGUUAUCAUUGGAAACCAGACGUGCGUUUUCGAGAAGGACAACGAUCCAUCCUUACUAAGAUCACCGUCGGCCGGCAAGUUAAUCAAUUUCUUGGUCGAGGACGGCGGCCACGUCAACGGCGGUCGAGCGUACGCCGAAAUCGAAGUGAUGAAGAUGGUCAUGACCGUCACCGCUAGCGAGGCGGGGAGCGUUUUUUACGUCAAGAGGCCGGGUGCUGUGUUAGAUGCCGGCACAUUAAUCGCGCAUCUUGAACUGGACGAUCCGACAUUGGUGACGAAGGCGCAAGACUACACGGGGCAAUUCCCCGCGGCAGCAACAUCGGCCAUACCGGAAAAGCUGAAUUACCUUCACACCAAGUAUCGAAAUGCUUUGGAGAAUACAUUGGCCGGCUAUUGCCUGCCCGAUCCGUAUCACUUGCCGCGUCUACGCGAGCUAAUCGAGAAGUUUAUGUUUUCGUUACGCGACCCUAACUUACCGUUGUUGGAACUGCAGGAGGUGAUCGCGACGAUAUCCGGCAGGAUCCCCGUCUCUGUGGAGAAGAAGAUUCGUAAACUGAUGUCUCUGUACGAGCGCAACAUCACGUCGAUCUUAGCUCAAUUUCCCAGUCAGCAGAUUGCCGCCGUGAUUGACGGGCACGCGGCGACUUUGUCCAAGCGGGCCGAUCGAGACGUGUUCUUUCUGACCACUCAAGCCAUCGUGCAACUGGUACAAAGAUACCGGAAUGGUAUACGCGGCCGAAUGAAGACCGCCGUGCACGAGCUUCUUCGACAGUAUUACACGGUCGAGAGCCAAUUCCAACAAGGUCAUUACGACAAGUGCGUUUCCGCCCUGAUAGAAAAGUACAAGGACGACGUGGCCACGGUGACCGGUACGAUUUUCAGUCACAAUCAAGUGACGAAGAAGAACGUCCUAGUCACUAUGCUGAUCGACCAUCUGUGGGCGAACGAGCCCGGUCUCACGGACGAGCUUUCGAGCACGCUGACGGAACUGACCAGCCUGAAUCGCACGGAGCAUAGCCGCGUCGCGCUGAGAGCCAGGCAGGUGUUGAUCGCCGCCCAUCAACCCGCGUAUGAGCUCAGGCACAAUCAGAUGGAGUCCAUAUUCCUUUCCGCGGUAGACAUGUACGGGCACGACUUCCAUCCGGAGAAUCUGCAGAAACUCAUCCUUUCGGAAACGUCCAUCUUCGACAUACUUCACGACUUCUUUUAUCAUGCGAAUCGCGUGGUGUGCAACGCAGCCCUGGAAGUCUACGUGCGACGGGCCUACAUCAGUUACGAGCUGACGUGUUUGGAACACUUGGAGCUGUCCGGCGAGGUCCCACUGGUGUAUUUCCAAUUUGUUUUACCGAGCAAUCAUCCUAAUCGUCAGAAUCAGUCCCUGGUGGAUCACAGAGCCGGCGCGAUGGCGGCCUUUCAGGAUCUCGAUCAGUUCAGCCAGUACGCGGACGAGAUCUUGGACUUGCUGGAGGAUCGGUCGGGCCCCAUACCGAUAGUGUCGGCGAAACUGUUGGACGCGAUGGAAGCCGCCGGUAGCGAAUCGCGGCACAGUACGUCGAUCAAUGUCUCCCUGAGCGCCGACACGACAGCCGCGACGACAGCGACGACCACCAGCGACAAAUCCGCCGAGCCGGUUCACAUAUUGAGCAUCGCGGUUAGAGAGACUGGCACCGAGGACGUCGUCAUGGCCAAGAUGUUUGGCGACUGGUGCGCAAAUAACAAGGACGAGCUGAUAUCCCGCGGCAUCCGCAGAGUCACGUUCGCCGCGCUCAAGAGGAGGCUGUUUCCCAAGUUCUUCACCUUCCGCCAGCGAGAGGGCUUUGUCGAGGACAGAAUCUACCGGCACCUCGAGCCCGGCUGCGCCUUCCAAUUGGAAUUGAAUCGCAUGCGAACCUACGAUCUCGAGGCGCUCCCGACGUCCAACCAAAAGAUGCAUCUGUACCUCGGGCAAGCCAAGGUUGCCAAGGGCCAGCAAGUGACGGAUUAUCGCUUCUUCAUCCGCUCGAUCAUCCGACAUUCCGAUCUGAUCACGAAGGAGGCCAGCUUCGAUUACCUUCACAAUGAGGGCGAGCGCGUCCUGCUCGAGGCCAUGGACGAGCUGGAGGUCGCGUUCUCGCAUCCUCUCGCCAAGCGCACCGAGUGCAAUCACAUCUUCCUCAACUUUGUGCCCACGGUUAUCAUGGACCCCAGCAGAAUAGAGGAGAGCGUAACGAGCAUGGUGCUGCGAUACGGGCCGAGAUUGUGGAAGCUGCGCGUACGCCAGGCGGAGAUAAAGAUGACCAUACGGCCCGCGCCGGGGAAACCGACCUCGAACGUGCGUCUGUGUAUCGCCAACGACAGUGGCUACAGCAUCGACUUGCAUCUCUACACGGAGGCCACCGACCCCAAGACGGGCAUCAUUCGCUUCGAAUCCUAUCCGUCCACUACGACGAACGCGGCCAACUGGAGACCGGGUCCUAUGCACGGCUUACCGAUCUCCACGCCGUACCUGACAAAAGAUUACCUCCAGGCGAAGAGAUUCCAGGCGCAGAGCGCCGGCACGACGUACGUCUACGAUUUGCCGGAUAUGUUCCGGCAGCAGCUCGAGAAACUCUGGCAGAGACACGUUGAGGAGAGGCCGCCGAGCGAGGGCCAGAGCCCGAUUCCCAAUCCGGUGAUUGACAUCGUGGAGCUGGUGUUGGAGGGAGAGCAGUUGGUCGAGCAGAAGCGGCUGCCGGGCGAGAACGACGUCGGCAUGGUAGCAUGGCGGUUGACCCUGUAUACUCCGGAGUAUCCGAACGGCAGAGACAUCAUACUCAUUGCCAACGAUCUGACGUACCUGAUAGGCUCGUUCGGAAUGCGCGAGGACCUGGUGUUUUGCAGAGCCUCCGAGAGAGCGAGGCAGCUCGGGUGUCCGCGCAUAUACUUCGCCGCCAAUUCGGGAGCGCGUAUCGGCCUGGCCGAGGAGGUGAAGGCGCUCUUCAGGAUCGCGUGGGAGGACGAGAACGAGCCGGAGAAGGGCUUCAGAUACAUCUACCUCACGCCGGACGAUUACGCGCGCCUGGCGCCCUUCAACUCGGUCAAGACCUCGCUGAUCGAGGACCCUGCGGGCGAAUCGCGUUACAAGAUCACGGACAUCAUCGGCAAGGGCGACGAUCUGGGAGUCGAGAACUUGAAGUACGCUGGCCUGAUCGCGGGAGAGACGUCGAAAGCUUACGCUGAAACGAUCACAAUCUCCAUAGUGUCGUGCCGCGCGAUCGGUAUCGGCUCCUAUCUGGUGCGUCUCGGUCAGAGGGUGAUCCAGAUCGAAAAUUCGCACAUAAUCCUAACCGGUUACAAAGCGCUGAACGCCGUGCUGGGUCGCGAGGUUUACGCCAGCAACAAUCAGCUGGGCGGCACGCAGAUCAUGCACAACAACGGGGUGUCUCACGCGACCGACCCUCGGGAUCUGGACGGAGUGGCGACCGCCCUCAAAUGGCUGAGUUACUUUCCUAAGAAUAAAGGCGCCCUGUUGCCGAUGCUGUUGCCCAUCGCCGACCCGAUCGAUCGAGAGAUCGCUUACGUCCCCACGAAAGCGGCCUACGAUCCGAGAUGGAUGCUGGAGGGCAGAAUUUGUACCGAGUCGAACGUUUGGGAAAGCGGCUUCUUCGACCGCGGCUCUUGGCACGAAAUAAUGAGGCCAUGGGCGCAAACGGUGGUGACGGGACGAGCCAGGCUCGGUGGCAUACCGUGCGGCGUCAUCGCUGUCGAAACGAGGACCGUCGAGCUACACUUGCCGGCCGACCCUGCCAAUUUAGACUCGGAGGCGAAGACGAUAUCUCAAGCGGGACAAGUCUGGUUUCCGGACAGCGCGUACAAAACCGCCCAGGCUAUUCAAGAUUUCGGAAAGGAGGAGUUGCCGUUGUUUAUCUUCGCUAAUUGGAGAGGCUUCUCCGGCGGCAUGAAAGACAUGUACGAGCAGGUCGUCAAGUUUGGCGCGUACAUCGUGGACGGAUUGCGGCUGUAUUGCAGACCGGUAAUCGUUUAUAUACCACCGAACGGAGAACUCAGGGGCGGCGCUUGGGCGGUAGUUGAUCCUACGAUAAAUCCUCGUUUUAUGGAGAUGUUUGCCGACAACACCAGCAAAGGUGGCGUCCUGGAAGCCGACGCUAUGGUGGAAAUCAAAUUUCGCAACAAGGACCUCGUGAAGACCAUGCACAGGGUUGAUCUCGUUAUAGCGAAGUUAAAAGAAAAAUUGUCGACCGCAAGCACGGCGGAGGAACGAGCCGAGAUCGAGGCGCAGAUUCGCAAGCGCGAGCAGAAUUUAGAGCCAAUGUAUCGUCAAGUCGCCGUCCAUUUCGCCGAUCUGCACGACACGCCGGAGAGAAUGUUGGAGAAGAAUACGAUUAACGAGAUAAUACCGUGGAAAAAGGCGCGCCGGCUGUUUUACUGGCGAUUACGACGAAGGCUUUCCGAGGAAGAGAUCAAGAGCGAGAUCUUGUCGACGCAGCCCAGCUUCGACGUCCGACAAGUGGAAGCGAUGCUUCGGCGCUGGUUCAUCGAGGACAAGGGGGCGACGGAGUCAUACUUGUGGGAUCAAGACGAAGCCGCGGCUUGUUGGCUGGAGGCGCAACGUAAAACCGACGACAGUGUUGUAUCGCGUAAUAUAAUGUGCGUGAAGAAAGACGCGGUAGUAACGCGUAUCAAGGAGGCUUUAGAAAACUAUCCGGAAAUAAGAUUGAACGUGGUGCUGGAGAUUGCGCACAGAUUGCAGCCGACCGAGCGUGCGGAACUGCAAAGAACGUUAUCGCAGUUAGAGACAACAGGGCAGGAACAUCAUAAAGACACGAGCGUUUCGUCCUGAGUGCAUUUCGUAUAAGCGUACCUGCUCCGUGCUACGUAUUCAUUCCAAUUUGUUAAUAUUUAAAAUAAAUAUUAAUUUAAAUGCGCAUCAAUAGUACAAUUCAUCAUCAAAGAUAUAUAAUUAUUCAUAUCAAUCUAAAUAUGCCGUGGUAUUAAGGGUUAAUAACUGAAUAGGAUAUUUCGCGAGGAUUUAAAACGUUUCGUAGAAUUUAACUUUUUCAAAUUUCGACUGCAAUUUCGGACACGACCAUCGGUUUUUUUUUGACAUUCAAUGUUGGGGUGGUGUCCCAAUGGUUCAAGUUUUAAUAAAGUUGAUAAUUUAAGGAAUUCGAAAACACUAGGCGAGUGUCCGACUAGCUUGUUAAAUGACGUUUUCGUAAUCUGUACAAAGUGUUUCGAUGUUCGAAGAUAUGUAUUUAUGACAAAAAUAGAAAGACACGUUACUGUCGUUUCGUGACGAGCUUGUGGAUUAUGAAUUGUGAAUACAAAGAGAUGUAUACCCAAAA